GCCCUAACUUACAGACAGGGGUAUUAAUGGAAAUUCAAGCUGGACCCUUAUCUGGAAAAAAAUCAGUGUUUGAUUUUAAUUUAUUGAUUGAAGGCAGAGAGAGGAAGAAGAGAAGAGAAGAGAAAAACAGGAAAGUAAUGGCGUGCAGGGGCAUGCUUGUGGUGGAACCGUUCCCAAUAUUUCAACGAUUUUGUUUGAAUUUGAAUCCGAAUAAUCACAGAAGAACCUUCAAAUUCAAUCCUCGUCCGUUUCAGUUUCACGGUGCCAAUGGAGGAGGAGCACUCCGUUGCUCUCAUGAUGAAACGCCGUCGUUUCAGGACGAUCAAGGUGGUCCCCCUCAAGAAGCUGUAUUGAAAGCCAUUUCUGAGGUGUCUAAGACGGAAGGGAGGGUUGGUCAAACUACCAACAUGGUUAUUGGUGGCACCGUGACCGAUGAUUCUACUAACGAAUGGCUCGCGUUGGACCAAAAGGUGAACUCAUACCCGACUAAUCGGGGCUUCACUGCGAUAGGAACUGGAGGUGAGGAUUUUGUGCAAGCCAUGGUUGUUGCCGUCGAAUCUGUAAUCCAACAGCCUAUUCCUCAGGGACGUGUUAAGCAGAAAUUAUCAGCAAGGGGCAAAUAUGUGUCCGUAAACAUAGGGCCUAUCCAAGUUGUUUCCAGUGAACAGGUCCAAGCUGUAUAUAAUGCCAUGAGGAGGGAUGACCGGAUGAAAUAUUUUUUGUAGUCUGUUUGUUAGGAUGUGUAUAGGAUGCAUUUUCAAAGGAUAUAUUAACAUGCAGGCUUUCUAGUUGUUAGGCUGAUUUUAAUCUUUGAUCAAUCCAUGAUUGGAUCUCACGUAUUUUAUGAAGAUGUUACUUAGUAUGAUUUGUCUCCAAUCUUAAUAAAUAAUAGGGUUAAAUAACUUUUUGGCUUAAAUGCACAUUUAGUCCCUCACUUGUACCCUUUGUGCAAAAAUUGUCCCUAACAAAAUAAAAAUUGUAGAUGAGUUUAUGGCAGUUAGAUUAUUCCCAAAUCUGCCCCUUCCUGUCAGGUAAAAGAUUCACUGGACUGAGCGGAGGGACAUCAGUGGCUCACCGUGGCCAUGGUCUCUCCCCCAAUUCUGAAAUUUUCAUCCAAACUAUGUAAAUUUUUAAUCUGGCCCCUGUCACAGUGAAUUGUGAGAGGUGGUGAGUGAAUCUUUGGAUA